CUCUUUUUGACAUUACGACGUCAACGUGCUUCGAUCUUUUUCCGCUUUGAGCUCUGAAGAUGGCGGUCGGUAAAAAUAAGGGUCUCUCCAAAGGAGGUAAAAAAGGUGGCAAGAAGAAGGUUGUGGAUCCCUUCUCGCGCAAAGAUUGGUAUGAUGUAAAAGCGCCAAACAUGUUCGUGACCCGCCAGAUCGGUAAAACUCUAGUAAACCGCACCCAAGGCCAGAAAAUCGCCUCUGACUACUUGAAGGGUCGUGUAUUCGAAGUAUCGCUGGCCGAUUUGCAGAGCGACAACGAUUCUGAUCGCUCGUUCCGCAAGUUCCGCUUGAUUGCUGAGGAUGUUCAGGACCGCAAUGUGCUCUGCAACUUCCACGGUAUGGAUUUGACCACGGAUAAGUAUAGGUCCAUGGUCAAGAAAUGGCAAACCCUCAUCGAAGCGAUCGUUGAGGCAAAGACCACUGACGGUUACAUGUUACGUGUCUUCUGCAUUGGCUUCACCGCCAAGGACCAACAAUCACAACGUAAAACUUGCUAUGCUCAACAAUCGCAAGUGCGUAACAUCCGCUCCAAGAUGACUGAAAUCAUCAGCAACGAUGUAACCAGCUCAGACUUAAAGCAGUUGGUAAACAAGCUUGCUCUCGACUCCAUUGCUAAGGAUAUAGAGAAGAAAUGCCAGCGGAUCUACCCAUUGCACGAUGUUUACAUACGCAAAGUUAAGGUCUUGAAAAAACCACGAUUUGAUCUGUCCAAAUUGUUGGAAUUGCAUGGUGAUGGUGGUGGCAAAGGCACUGAAGCUGUCGUAUCGGCAGAGGGUGCUGUUGUAGAAAGACCCGAGGGAUACGAACCACCUGUACAGGAGUCUGUUUAAACAAAUAUUGAAUUCAACAACAUUCAUUUUUUUAAUGUAGAAGAUGCAAAGGAAAGAAAACAUGCACAAAACUCGCGGAUGGGAGUUUUGCAUAAAAAAUAA